ACCACUUGCUCAAAGCCACUCCAGUCGUCAUUUGUGCGCAUCGUCCACCAUCGGAUAACCUUUGCAGCGAUGGCCUCGUCUUCCAGCGCAACGGGAACGCCGUCGAACACGCUGCUUCUCCGACGGCAGCUUACUGAACUCAUGAAGCAUCCUGUAGAAGGCUUCUCGGCAGGACUUGUUGAUGAGAAUAACUUGUACGAGUGGGAGGUUAUGAUCAUCGGGCCACCGGACACGCUCUAUGAGGGUGGUUUCUUCAGGGCGCGGCUAUCGUUUCCUCCGGAGUUCCCCAUUCAACCGCCCACGAUGAGAUUUAUUACCCCAAUGUGGCAUCCGAAUAUCUAUGCGGAUGGGAAGGUUUGCAUUUCGAUCUUACACCCGCCUGGUGAGGACCAGUAUGGUUAUGAAGACUCUGGAGAGCGAUGGCUUCCUGUGCAUACUGUGGAAUCAAUCCUACUCAGCGUUAUAUCAUUGCUGUCGUCGGACAAGCCUAACCUAGACAGUCCGGCCAAUGUGGACGCGGCCAAGGAAGUGCGAGAGGAUUUCGCGACAUACAAGAAGAAGGUCCGACAUCUCGUGCGCAUGAGUGCAGAGGCGACGUUUGACUGAGACGCUCUCCGGGUUCUCUGUCUUUCCAUCGUUUUUCGGUUCUCCGUCGUCUGCACUGGUCAUCACUUGUUGAAUAUCUUCUCACCCUUACGAAUUUGAUCACGAGUUUCUGCGUCUGUAUCACUGUAGCUCUAUCAUUACUAGCGGUUUCCUCCUAUUGCUGGGACAUCUCCCGGUUGACUCUAGCUACGUCUCGGCUGUGCGUAAUGGUGGUGCAGAAUUUCGCAUAUUGGAGUAGGCUUGAGGCUAGUCUCUAUUCGUUGAAGCAGUAUUGCGG